GUUCUAUCUAGUAGUGUAGCCAUGGCUUCCUUCACCUGUUCUUCUCCAUCUUCGAUCUUGCCUAUUAUUGAUACAAGAAGCGGGAAUUUGCGCUGCACAUUUCGCUCUCAGGUUUCUUGCGGGAUUCAGAGGGAUGAUAAUGGACGCCGUGUGUGGCGGAGGAGAACAUUGACGAAGAAGGACGAUAUGUUGCGUUACAAAAUGCAAAGAGUUCCAUUUGUGGAGGAACAAGUGAGGAAGAUAAGAGAAGUUGGGAAAGUAAUGACAAUGGACAUAGAGCAGCUUCUUUUGAGGGAAGACAAUCGGUUUGAAUUUGUCAAUAGCGUAGCAGCUGAAGCAACAGAGUACGUGGAAAAGAACAGAGACGAAUAUGGAGGUUCCAAAAAAGCCAUCUUUCAUGUUCUAAGCAACCGUGUGAACGACCUCGGCUUUGAUCGCCCUGAGGCUUAUGUAGAAGCUGAUCCUUACAAGCCCGGUCCUGGCUAUUUGUUGGAGUAUUACACAUGAGAUCUUAUUACAAGAGUUUCAAAGUACUUCACACCUUUAUUGUUGUAUUACCAAACCAAAUCAAUGCAUUCACAGCUUUGAUUUCUUUUUUUUUUUUGCCAAAUUUCCUUAUAUUUAUUUAGAAUUUACUACAUCGAUGAAGACGAAUGUCUAAUGACAAGAGUUGUUUAGUAAAA